UUACAUACCGUGCUGGGUCCAGAAACUGCUUCUCUCCUUCACCGGCAGAAUGAGAAGGAAUCGAGGAGUAGGAGGAAUCAGUAGGAGUAAGAGGAGAACCAGCAGAGAUGGGAACAGCUCUCUCCUUACUCCUCUUUCCCCAUACAAAAAACCUCUUAUAUGGCCUUAUAUGCACGUAUAUGAAUGCAGGCGAGGCAUAUAUUUUAAAUGUAUGUACAUAUGUGCUCUACAUAUAUACCUACAGUUAACAUCAUUUGAUGAAUUAACUAAUCAUCUUCGGGAGCAGCAGCUCCAGCAUCUCCAUCUGUGUAUGAAGAGCAGCAACUUCAUGAUGGAUGCUUGUUACUGCAGUGGUGAAAGAUUUUGUUCCAGAAAGAUGAAGAGAGCAGCAUCUUCAGAACCCAGCUGUGGGCCUACAAAGAGGUUGGAAACCCAAAGACUGCUUCAUCCAGUGCUCUUUAACUUAAAUAAUGCAGACUUCAGCAGUGGAGGUUACUCAAGCUGGACAGAAACCCAGAGACCACUUUCUCCAGAGCCCUUCUGGAAUCGAUUUGAUGUCAACGGGGAACUUGAUUUUCCUGAUGAACUGAAGGAAUACAGAGAAGCACUUCCAGAACCCAGCCAUGUGCCUCUGUACAGCAACAGCUCAGUGAUCAGGCCUCCUGAUUUGAGUGCUGGAGGAACUGGUACUGUCCUAAGACUGCAGAAAUCCAGAGCAGAAUCUCCAGAGUCCAGCCUUGUAUCUAUGAGGAGCAGCAACUCAAUGUUUAGGCCCCCUGAUCUGAGCACUGGAGGAACUUGGAUUGACCCAAGACUGCAGAUAUCCAGAGCAGAAUCUCCAGAGCCCAGCUGUGUGUCUAUGAAGAGCAACAACUCCAUGUUUAGGCCUCCUGAUCUGAGUACUGGAGGAACUGGGAUUGACCCAAGGCUGCAGAAAUACAGAGCAGAAUCUCCAGAGUCCAGCCUUGUAUCUAUGAGGAGCAGCAACUCAAUGUUUAGGCCCCCUGAUCUGAGCACUGGAGGAACCUGGAUUGACCCAAGACUGCAGAUAUGCAGAGCAGAAUCUCCAGAGCCCAGCUGUGUGUCUAUGAAGAGCAACAACUCCAUGUUUAGGCCUCCUGAUCUGAGUACUGGAGGAACUGGGAUUGACCCAAGACUGCAGAAAUCCAGAGCAGAAUCUCCAGAGUCCAGCCUUGUAUCUAUGAGGAGCAGCAACUCAAUGUUUAGGCCCCCUGAUCUGAGCACUGGAGGAACCUGGAUUGACCCAAGACUGCAGAUAUCCAGAGCAGAAUCUCCAGAGCCCAGCUGUGUGUCUAUGAAGAGCAACAACUCCAUGUUUAGGCCUCCUGAUCUGAGUACUGGAGGAACUGGGAUUGACCCAAGCUGGGCAGAAACCCAGAGACCACUUUCUCCAGAGCCCUUCUGUAAUCGAUUUGAUGUCAACGGGGAACUUGAUUUUCCUGAUGAACUGAAGGAAUACAUAGCAGCACUUCCAGAACCCAGCCAUGUGCCUCUGUACAGCAACAGCUCAGUGAUCAGGCCUCCUGAUUUGAGUGCUGGAGGAACUGGUACUGUCCUAAGACUGCAGAAAUCCAGAGCAGAAUCUCCAGAGUCCAGCCUUGUAUCUAUGAGGAGCAGCAACUCAAUGUUUAGGCCCCCUGAUCUGAGCACUGGAGGAACUGGGAUUGACCCAAGACUGCAGAUAUGCAGAGCAGAAUCUCCAGAGCCCAGCUGUGUGUCUAUGAAGAGCAACAACUCCAUGUUUAGGCCUCCUGAUCUGAGUACUGGAGGAACUGGGAUUGACCCAAGACUGCAGAAUUACAGAGCAGAAUCUCCAGAGUCCAGCCUUGUAUCUAUGAGGAGCAGCAACUCAAUGUUUAGGCCCCCUGAUCUGAGCACUGGAGGAACUGGGAUUGACCCAAGACUGCAGAUAUCCAGAGCAGAAUCUCCAGAGCCCAGCUGUGUGUCUAUGAAGAGCAACAACUCCAUGUUUAGGCCUCCUGAUCUGAGUACUGGAGGAACUGGGAUUGACCCAAGGCUUCCGAUGUUCGGAGCAGAGUUUCCAGAGCCCAGCUGUGUGUCUAUGAAGAGCAGUGACUCCAUGUUUAAUCCUCCUGAUCUCAGAGCUGGAGGAGUUGUUAUUCACCCAAGGCCGCCAGGACCACAUUGGCGAGCGGGCUUUUGCCCCCCCACUUUUCAGAGUGCUAGAGGAGCUGUUAUUCACCCAAGACAUUGGCAAUCCAGAGCAGACUAUCCAGAGCCCAGCUGUGUGUCUAUGAGGAGCAGCAACUCCAUGUUUAAUCCUCCUGAUCUCAGUGCUGGAGGAGUUGUUAUUCACCCAAGACAUUGGCAAUCCAGAGCAGACUAUCCAGAGCCCAGCUGUGUGUCUAUGAGGAGCAGCAACUCCAUGUUUAAUCCUCCUGAUCUCAGAGCUGGAGGAGCUGUUAUUCACCCAAGACAUUGGCAAUCCAGAGCAGACUAUCCAGAGCCCAGCUGUGUGUCUAUGAGGAGCAGCAACUCCAUGUUUAAUCCUCCUGAUCUCAGUGCUGGAGGAGUUGUUAUUCACCCAAGACAUUGGCAAUCCAGAGCAGACUAUCCAGAGCCCAGCUAUGCGUCUAUGAGGAGCAGCAACUCCAUGUUUAAUCCUCCUGAUCUCAGAGCUGGAGGAGCUGUUAUUCACCCAAGCAGCUCCAGCAUCUCCAGAGGCCAGCUGUGUGUGAAGAGCAGCAACUUCCAGAUGGACCAUUCAAAGUCCAAGAGUAAAAGAAGACGCCGUAUCAGAAACAGAUCCAGAGUCCAGCCGUGUGUGGAGAGCAGCAACGUUGUGAUGGACAGUUCUAACUCAUGGUGUAGAAGACCCUCCAAAAAAAACUGGAGGAGGGCUGGUCCAGGUGAUGUCCUGCACAGGGUCAUAGUGAGACACAAAAGCAGCAUGAAGAACAGGCAUGAGAGCUUAUUUGAGGGAAUCAAAACACAAGAGAAUGAAACCCUCCUGAACAGGAUUUACACACAGCUCUAUAUUGUGGAGGGAGACAGUAAAAGAGUGAAUGAAGAACAUGAGGUUUCACAGAUCGAGAAAACUUACAGGAAACACAAAGAUCAAAAAUCACAAGACACUACAAUCAACUACUUAGAUAUCUUUAAACCUGUAGAAGAUCCUAAACGAGAAAUGGAAGAACAGAACAUCAGAUAUGUGAUGGCUAACACUGAGAGAGAAGAAGAAAGAAAAGAAGAUGAAGAUCCAAAAAAGCUCAGAACUGUCCUGACUAAAGGCAUCGCUGGCAUUGGAAAAACUGUCACAGUGCAGAAGUUCAUUCUGGACUGGGCUGAAGGAAAAAACAAUCAGGAUAUCGAUUUCAUGUUUGUGCUUCAAUUUCGGGAGCUGAAUCUGAUUAAAGAUGACCAGUUCAGUCUUCAUAGACUUCUGUGUGAUUUCCAUCCUGAGCUUAAAGAUCUGGACCCAAAGAUAUAUGAUUCAUACAAAGUUGUGUUAAUCUUUGAUGGUCUGGAUGAAAGCAGAAUUCCACUGAGCUUUUCACAGUGUGAGAAAAUAUCUGACAUCACCAUGACAUCAUCAGUGGGGAUGCUGAUGACAAACCUCAUCAAAGGAGAUCUGCUUCCCUCUGCUCGCAUCUGGAUAACCUCCCGACCAGCAGCAGCCAAUCAGAUCCCUCCUGAAUACAUUGACCGUGUGACAGAAAUUCAGGGGUUCAAUGACCCACAGAAGGAGGAGUACUUCAGGAAGAGAAUCAGUGAUGAAGACAAAGCCAAGAGAAUCAUCUCUCACAUUAAGACAGUAAAGAGCCUCCACAUCAUGUGCCACAUUCCAGUCUUCUGUUGGAUCUCAGCCACUGUGCUUCAGCAAAUGAUAAACCAAAGUAAUACAGAAAUGCCCAAAACUCUGACUGAAAUGUACAUACACUUCCUGCUCACUCAGACCAAUAUGAAGAAUGAGAAGUAUGAGGGAAAAAAUGAAAGUGAUCCAGUAAAACUUCUGGAAUUUAACAGAGAGAUGAUUCUGAAACUGGCUAAACUGGCUUUCAAACAGCUGAUGAAGGGCAAUGUGAUGUUCUAUGAAGAGGAUCUCAGAGAGUGCGGCAUUGAUGUCACUGAGGCAUCAGUGAACUCUGGGAUAUGCACUGAGAUCUUUAAGGAGGAAUCUGUGAUUUAUCAGAGGAAGGUCUACUGCUUUGUGCAUCUGAGCUUUCAGGAGUUCCUGGCUGCUUUCCAUUUGUUUUACUGCUAUGUGAGCAAAAACAUGGAGGAAGUGCAGUUUUUUUUGCAAUAUGAUAGGGCUGGAAGUGACAGUGGCACUGAGGAAGACUGUCAGCCCGAUUAUGAUGAUGCUGGAAGUUACAGUGGCACUAUGGAAGACUAUCAGUUUGAUUCUGAUAAUGCCAGUAGUGACAGUGACAUCUAUGAAGACUAUGCGUGUUUUAGCAGUGACUUCCCUUAUGCCCUGCGGCAUCAGAACAGUUCAUUGAUAGAGCUAUUGACAAGAGCAGUACAUAAAGCCUUAAACAGUGAUAAUGGACACCUUGACCUUUUCCUCCGUUUCCUGCUGGGCAUCUCACUGGAGUCCAAUCAGAAACUCUUACAGGGUCUAUUGAUGCACACAGAGAGCAGCUCUGAGAGCAUCAGCGAAACAGUGCAGCACAUCAAACACCUAAUACAAACACAGGAUCUUCCUACUGAGAGAUCUAUCAACCUGUUCCUCUGCCUGACUGAAGUAAAUGAUCAGUCUCUCUCCAGAGAGAUUCAGGAGUAUCUAAAAUCACAGAAACAUGCAGAAACCGAACUCUCUGCUGCUCAGUGCUCAGCAAUAGCUUACAUGCUACAGACCUCAGACGAGGUUCUGGACGAGUUGGACCCAAAGAAGUUCAACACAUCAGAGGAGGGUCACAGGAGACUGGUUCCAGCUGUGAGCAACUGCAGAAAGGCUCUCUGGAGGAGGGCUGGUCCAGGUGAUGUCCUGCACAGGGUCAUAGUGAGACACAAAAGCAGCAUGAAGAACAGGCAUGAGAGCUUAUUUGAGGGAAUCAAAACACAAGAGAAUGAAACCCUCCUGAACAGGAUUUACACACAGCUCUAUAUUGUGGAGGGAGACAGUAAAAGAGUGAAUGAAGAACAUGAGGUUUCACAGAUCGAGAAAACUUACAGGAAACACAAAGAUCAAAAAUCACAAGACACUACAAUCAACUACUUAGAUAUCUUUAAACCUGUAGAAGAUCCUAAACGAGAAAUGGAAGAACAGAACAUCAGAUAUGUGAUGGCUAACACUGAGAGAGAAGAAGAAAGAAAAGAAGAUGAAGAUCCAAAAAAGCUCAGAACUGUCCUGACUAAAGGCAUCGCUGGCAUUGGAAAAACUGUCACAGUGCAGAAGUUCAUUCUGGACUGGGCUGAAGGAAAAAACAAUCAGGAUAUCGAUUUCAUGUUUGUGCUUCAAUUUCGGGAGCUGAAUCUGAUUAAAGAUGACCAGUUCAGUCUUCAUAGACUUCUGUGUGAUUUCCAUCCUGAGCUUAAAGAUCUGGACCCAAAGAUAUAUGAUUCAUACAAAGUUGUGUUAAUCUUUGAUGGUCUGGAUGAAAGCAGAAUUCCACUGAGCUUUUCACAGUGUGAGAAAAUAUCUGACAUCACCAUGACAUCAUCAGUGGGGAUGCUGAUGACAAACCUCAUCAAAGGAGAUCUGCUUCCCUCUGCUCGCAUCUGGAUAACCUCCCGACCAGCAGCAGCCAAUCAGAUCCCUCCUGAAUACAUUGACCGUGUGACAGAAAUUCAGGGGUUCAAUGACCCACAGAAGGAGGAGUACUUCAGGAAGAGAAUCAGUGAUGAAGACAAAGCCAAGAGAAUCAUCUCUCACAUUAAGACAGUAAAGAGCCUCCACAUCAUGUGCCACAUUCCAGUCUUCUGUUGGAUCUCAGCCACUGUGCUUCAGCAAAUGAUAAACCAAAGUAAUACAGAAAUGCCCAAAACUCUGACUGAAAUGUACAUACACUUCCUGCUCACUCAGACCAAUAUGAAGAAUGAGAAGUAUGAGGGAAAAAAUGAAAGUGAUCCAGUAAAACUUCUGGAAUUUAACAGAGAGAUGAUUCUGAAACUGGCUAAACUGGCUUUCAAACAGCUGAUGAAGGGCAAUGUGAUGUUCUAUGAAGAGGAUCUCAGAGAGUGCGGCAUUGAUGUCACUGAGGCAUCAGUGAACUCUGGGAUAUGCACUGAGAUCUUUAAGGAGGAAUCUGUGAUUUAUCAGAGGAAGGUCUACUGCUUUGUGCAUCUGAGCUUUCAGGAGUUCCUGGCUGCUUUCCAUUUGUUUUACUGCUAUGUGAGCAAAAACAUGGAGGAAGUGCAGUUUUUUUUGCAAUAUGAUAGGGCUGGAAGUGACAGUGGCACUGAGGAAGACUGUCAGCCCGAUUAUGAUGAUGCUGGAAGUUACAGUGGCACUAUGGAAGACUAUCAGUUUGAUUCUGAUAAUGCCAGUAGUGACAGUGACAUCUAUGAAGACUAUGCGUGUUUUAGCAGUGACUUCCCUUAUGCCCUGCGGCAUCAGAACAGUUCAUUGAUAGAGCUAUUGACAAGAGCAGUACAUAAAGCCUUAAACAGUGAUAAUGGACACCUUGACCUUUUCCUCCGUUUCCUGCUGGGCAUCUCACUGGAGUCCAAUCAGAAACUCUUACAGGGUCUAUUGAUGCACACAGAGAGCAGCUCUGAGAGCAUCAGCGAAACAGUGCAGCACAUCAAACACCUAAUACAAACACAGGAUCUUCCUACUGAGAGAUCUAUCAACCUGUUCCUCUGCCUGACUGAAGUAAAUGAUCAGUCUCUCUCCAGAGAGAUUCAGGAGUAUCUAAAAUCACAGAAACAUGCAGAAACCGAACUCUCUGCUGCUCAGUGCUCAGCAAUAGCUUACAUGCUACAGACCUCAGACGAGGUUCUGGACGAGUUGGACCCAAAGAAGUUCAACACAUCAGAGGAGGGUCACAGGAGACUGGUUCCAGCUGUGAGCAACUGCAGAAAGGCUCUUCUAACAGGCUGUAAUCUGGAAAAGAGCCACUGUGAAACUGUCUGCUCAGCUCUGACGUCUGCAAACUCCUCCCUGCAAGAGCUGGACCUUAGUAACAAUAAUCUGCAGGACUCAGUGGAGCUGCUCUCUGUUGGACUAAGGAGUUCAAACUGUAAACUCCAGAUAUUGAGACUAUCUGGCUGCAGUCUUGGAGAAAAAGCUUGCGAAAAUCUAAAAUCAGUUUUACGAACAGAAAACUCCUCCCUAAAAGAACUGGAUCUCAGUAAUAAUGAUCUACAGGACUCAGGUGUAGAAAAGCUCUGUGCUGGACUGAAGAGCUCACACUGUAAACUUCAGAUACUCAGAUUAUCUGGCUGUAUGAUCACAGAGGUAGGCUGCUGUUCUCUGGCAUCAGCUCUGAGUUCAAACCCCUCACACCUGAAUGAAUUGGAUCUGACCUACAACCACCCAGGAAAGGAUUCACCAGGAGUGAAGCAGCUUUCUUUUAGACUGGAGGAUCCACAAUGUGCCCUUAAAACUCUCAGAGUGGAACAUGGAGGUGAGAACAGAAUCGAACCAGGACUGAAGAAAUAUGCCUAUGAGCUCACACUGGACCCAAACACAGCAGACACAUGUGUCGUUCUGUCUGACGGGAACAGAGUGAAACAUACGAAAGACUAUGAUAAUGGGUAUCCUAAUCAUCCGGACCGAUUUGAUCAGUGGGAGCAGGUGUUGUCUAAGGAGAGUCUGACUGGACGCUGUUACUGGGAGGCUGAGUGGAGCGGGAAGGAGGCUGCUGUGGCAGUAGCGUAUAAAUCAAUGGAAAGGAAAGGACGCUACGGUCACUCUAAGUUUGGAUACAACAACAAGUCUUGGAGUCUUUUAUUCGAUAAAGGACGUUAUGUCGCCUUGCAUAAUAAUAAGACCACCACCAUAUCUACCCGUCCUUCCCGCUCUAAGAUAAUGGGAGUGUAUGUGGACUGUCCGGCCGGCAUUCUGUCCUUCUACGACGUCUCUGACACACUGACACACCUGCACACAUUCUACACUACAUUCACUGAACCGCUCUAUGCAGGACUUAGGGCUUAUGACUCCACUAUACGUAUUUGUAACAUAGAAUAGCCUCAUACACAGAGGUGGGUGAGCACGGGGGAAAAAAUAUUUAGGUCAUUAUACUUCAUUACAGUAGUAGUAAUUAUUUUUUAUUUCAGUUUAUUUUUUUGAAGAUUUGUACUAAAGUAUUACUGUAACUGAAAACUUGUAUGUUUACUGAAAUACCUUUCCCAGCAAGAAGCAUACAUUAGAUUUUAUUUUCAUAAAUACAUUUUACUCGUUACAUUUUCAUUUAGAUUUAGAUUUUCUCAGUUAGAAAGCACUUUAGAAAUCUCAAAGGUCAGGAAAGCUUUCUGUUUUUCUCUUCCCAUACUUUAGUUCUGUUGAAUUUGAAUUGUUUUUAUAAAACAUCCAACCAAGUUCAUACAAGUGUAAAAUAAAACAACUGGGCAAAAGGGGGUCAGUUUUUGGUAGAUGUACCAGUAGUUCAAAUCAUGCCCUAAACACUGACGCCAGAGCAAUGAAAACAAAUCUUGAAUGGCAGGCACUCUUGAGGUAAUUCUUCAUGAUAGUUAUAUUUGAUUCAUGGUAGAUACACUGACACAUAUCACUCAAAGAGCAGUGUAGCAGUGUGGUAUUUGUUACUUUACCAGACAUCCCAUUUUUCCUGAAUUCACACUAGUAUUCAGAUUUCACAGUGAGGAUCUAUUCUACAUUGUGUCUUUCAUUCCAACACUGCUAUUUCAUCUGUACUCACUUAUUUUAAUGUUAUUUGUUUUUUGCACUGUGGUGAACUCCACAAUCUAACACAGCCUGUACUGACAUAAAGCAUGGGGUAUUCCAGGUUCUAGUAGUUGCCAGGGUCACAUAUCUUUAUAUAGCAGUAUUUCGGGUAGAAACCUUCACUUUACAAGUAACCCUUGUUGAUCUGUACACUUACACUAGGUGGCAGCAUUUACAUCUCAGAAUUGAAAACAUGCAGCUGUAGGCAUUUUAAAAGACAAAAAAAAUUAAAAUCACACAACAUUAACCAAACUAGGGAAAGCAGGCACUGUGAAGGAAAGCAGUAGAGGUUAAUGUAUGGAGGUUUAAGUAAUGGGGCCCGCACCUUCAGAUGAGCUACAACUGGAGCCAAUGCUAAAGCUAACACUUGUGCUAGGCAAUGAUUCGUCAAAUAUGUGUGGCCUUUAGCAAAGCUCAGGAAGCAUUGAUCUUUAUCUCUCUCUCUCUCUCUCUCUUUCUCUCUCUCUCUCUCUCUCUCUCUCUCUCCAGAAGGCCCAAAUCCUACAUUUUUCUUGUGUUGUAUUUGACCCCUGAGGUCCACUUAUAAUAUUAGUGUGGUUUUAUGUACUUAUAUUAUUUUUAUUAUUAUGUAAAUAAGUUCUGUUGUGAUUGGCUGAGCUCUAUUGUACUUCAUUUAAAAAGGCUGAAACACUGUUUAUAACGAGUGGGCAGGGCUAAACUGUGGGUUGAAUAGGUUUGUCUCAGAGGCAUUCUGCCAGCCUUCAUCCUCCCAGCUUGAGCUGAACUAUGAAUUUUAUUUGCACCCAUUAAACUUUUAUCCAAGUAUUAAACUUGUUAUCCAACAUUUGUGUAACUGCUCUGUGUGACUGAACUCCUUUUCAAUUAUCAGUGUUUCCUAAUCAUUUUGUGCUCCAAGAGGAGGAAAUGUAACUGAAGUUUAAAUAAAAACAAAAUGACUUAA